CCUCAACUUGUUUUCAUCUCUUGUAUUUCAGUCUUCUCCGCUUUGAGUCUCUACCGACCGCCUUUGUAGUCUCGUAGAUAUCUUAUUCAGUUAUGUGGGUUAUGCCAUUCAGUCUCACAGCGCUGUAGGGGAAGAAUCAGAGGUUUAUGGCUUCCUCUAUGUCGUCCCUCCACGCUUCCCCAACUCUGUUCCGACUGCCUCCACCUCAGAUAGGACGGUCGCUGGUGCUCAAUUUCAGGUCCCAUUUUAUCCACCCUCUUAGCCUCUCUCCUCGCCUAUCAAUAGCUUUAGCUCGCCGCCAAAACAAUACGGGCCCUGUACCUGCAUCAUUUUCCAAUAAGAAGAAGAAGAAGAAAGAGAAUGAUGAAGAUGCGGAGGAACAUUUAUUUGGAGAUGCUUUGGAAGCACUUUUUGAUCAGCUUGAGGAAGAUCUUAAAAAUGAUGACUCAUUAAUUGAAGAUGAUGAUGAGAUAAGUGAGGAAGAACUUAUGAUGCUCGAGCGUGAAUUAGAGGAGGCAUUGAAAGAUGAUGAUUUAGUGAAAGGGUCAGAUUCUUCACAACUUAGUGAAGUUGAUGGAAUUGUUUAUGAGGAAGAAGAAGAAGAAGAAGAAGAAGAAGAAGUAUCAGUGAAGCUAAAAAAUUGGCAACUUCGAAGAUUGGCUUAUGCUUUAAAAAGUGGGCGCCGUAAAACUAGUAUUAAAAAUCUUGCAGCGGAUCUAUGUCUUGAACGAGCAGUUGUUCUGAAAUUACUUCGUGACCCCCCUCCAGAUCUUCUGUUGUUGAGUGCAGCUUUACCUGAUAAACCUGAUUCAAAUGUCAUGGUUCCUAAUAAAUCUGCAAUGACAGUGUCAGAGCUUGAAAGUGAAACACUAGAAAGUGCUGCUUCUGAAGGAGCCAUAAUUGAUUUAACAUCUGAAGAAAAGGGGGAAGUUCCUAUCCAUGUUAUGCAAGGUGAUUGGUCUUCUCGAAAGAGAUUGAAGAAAGUGCAGGUUGGCACCUUGGAAAGAGUGUAUAGACGAUCAAAAAGACCUACAAAUUCCAUGAUCGUGAGCAUUGUACAUGUGACAAAUCUGCCUCGAAAAAGAGUGGUGAAGUGGUUUGAAGAAAAACGUGCAGAAGAUGGGAUCCCUGAUCAGCAUCUUCCCUUCAAUAGAUCUUCCACAGAAACUGCAUUGAGCUAGAUGUCUUGUUUUGGUUUGGCUGAUGAUUCAAUGGUGCUUACUUUCAAUUGCAAUGUAAGAUGAUAAGAAAAUAAUAUGCUCCUAACAUCCAAAACAGAUUGAUAGUAGCUGGAAUGUAUUAUUUUAUUAUUAUAUAUUAAAACUUUUUAAAAAACUUUAUUUAAAAAAAUCUUUACAUUCUCAA